AUGGCUCUCCUGCGCCCUCUGCUGACCGCCCUGGCGCUGCUCACCUGCCGCCCUGGAGGCUCUCUGGGCUGUGCCCUGCCUGGGAGCCACGCGCAGGUUAGCAGGGACAACUUGGUGCUCCUGGGCCAGAUGCGGAGACUGUCCCCUUUCUCGUGCCUGCGGGCCAGAAAAGACUUCCGCUUCCCCCGGGAGAUGCUGGAGGGCGGCCAGCUCCGGGAGGCCCAGGCCGCCGCCGCCGUCCUGCGGGAGCUGCUCCAGCAGACCUUCAACCUGUUGCACACGGAGCGCUCCUCGGCGGCCUGGAGCCCCGCGCCGCUGCACGGACUCCGCUCUGGCCUCCACCGGCAGCUGGAAGCCCUGGACGCCUGCUUGGUGCAGGCCACGGGCGAGGGAGAGCGCGCCCCGGGGAUGCACGGCCCUGCCCUGGCCAUCAAGAGGUACUUCCAGGACAUCCGCGUCUACCUGGAGGACCAGGGAUACAGUGACUGCGCCUGGGAAAUUGUCAGGCUGGAAAUCAUGAGAGCCUUGUCCUCCUCGGCGACCUUGCAAGACAGCUUGGCCAUCAAGGAUGGAGACCUGGGGUCACCUUGAAGUGAUUCUCACUGCCUGACGUGCCACAUCACCCUGCACUAUGUCUGAUCACCUCAAGAGACUCUCACUGCAGCCUUCAUUACAGAAUUUAUUGACUUUAAUUCCACAAAUAUGUUGUGAGUAGUAUUAAGCAAGAAUAU